AUGGAUCAAAACCCUGAGGUGCGUUCAACACUGUCUUCGAAUGACACUCUCAAGCUCUGGAGUCAAAAUGAGGAGGCCAAACAAUUGAGUAAAACUCCUGCUAAGGGUGCGACAAAGGGCUGUAUGAAAGGUAAAGGAGGGCCUCAGAAUCAAAGCUGUAACUACCGAGGCGUUAGACAAAGGACUUGUGGUAAAUGGGUGGCUGAAAUCCGAGCACCCAACGGAGGGAAGAGACUUUGGCUUGGGACUUUUCCUACCGCUUGUGAAGCUGCUUUAGCUUAUGACGAAGCUGCCACGACAAUGUAUGGUGAAAAUGCCAUACUGAAUAUGCCUCAGUCAAAAUCCGAAGAUCACACGGGAAGCUGCUUUAGCUUGCGACAAAGCUGUCAAGAUGAUGCUGUAUUAAGUAUGAAGGACCUUCCGCUUGUUGAGUGUGAGUGGUCUCUUGUGAUAGGAGCUGUUGAGUAA